GCGGGGCGGGUGAAUGCGGAGGUGCAGGCUGCUAGGAGGAGUGGUGCACGUGCUGCUGUGGGGAGAGGGGGUGGGUUUGGGGGUGCGAGGGACGGGAGUGAGGAUGAAGCAGGCGAGUUUGUUCGCCGAGGCCAGCCUGCGUUUGGGCCUGGUGGUGGAUUGGCUGGUGCGGCUGGGAAGGUGGCCGCAGCGGGAAAUGGUAUCAAGCAGGAAAGCGGGGCGUCUACUCAAGAUUUGCUUGUUCGAGGGGACGCUACAUUUGUCAAGACGGAAGGCGGAGGCUAUAUGUCAAGCGACGAUGAAGACGGUGAAAAAGGCGUAUCACGCAUCAACAUCGACGACCUAGGCGUCAUUGACCUCACAGGACCUGACGAGGGCGAGGAGCAAGAUCUCAUGCAACCUGUUCGCUUGAAACGGGAAGCCCACCGCGAUCGAGCUAUAGGCCUCAACGCAGACGGCGCAACGACAAUACAGGACGGCACCACCAACAACGAGCUCGGUGGAAGCGGGGAGGCUGCUGUCGCGUUCACCGACAAGCGCAAAGGCAAGCAACGAGCGAAAGACGUCGAGAUUGUCGGCUCGAGCGAGAUGUUUCACGGCACCUACUCCGACAGCGAUGAAGGCAACCCACCCAUCAAGACGGAACCUACCGACGAUGAUCCAGUCCCGGUCCUGGUACCGCCGCCACAGCAAGACGUUCCGUCAAGUCCGGAGAGCAAACGCCGAGGCGGCAAAGACCGCAGUAUCACAAAACGCACACUUUCUGGCAGCGCGGCCGAGAGGCCUGUAUACCAGACGCAAGAGGAGAUGGACGAGUGGGAGCGACAUCAGCGGGAUUUGGAGAUCUUGUAUGAGGAGCUUGGCACCAUUGCGCUCCCGUCUGCUGCCGUGCCGAACCCGGACAGGGAUGGCGCUGGCGAUGCGACGAUGGAUGGGACGGAUGACCGCCCGCGGCUGGAGGGGGAGAAGGAGCGGGACAAGAAGGCGGAUAAAGUGUACCUCUUCCAAUUCCCGCCGAUACUCCCGGAUCUGCGGCCGGUGAUUGUCAAGCCGGACCCGGAUGCGCCGACGGAAGGUGGAGCGGAGGAGGGAGAUGCUAUGCUUGUUGACGACGAGGCCGCGAAACCUGCCAUCGCUGCUAAAGCUGGCGACGCUCCGACCGUUCACGCGCCACGACUUCCUCCGGGAGCGGUGGGGAAGCUUCGCAUUCAUCGAUCCGGUAAGGCGACGCUGGAUUGGGGUGGUUUGACGUUGAGCGUGGGCAUGGGCAUGGCGGCGACUUUUCUGCAGGAUGUUGUUGUUGCGAGCGUGCCGGAGAGUAAGCGUGGAGUAGACGGUGAUGGUGGUGGUGGUGGUGGCGGCGAUGAGGGCGCGGGGACGGGAUGGGCUAUGGCGAUGGGGCAGGUGAAAGGGAAUUUUGUUGUUACGCCGGAUUGGGAGGAGAUUUUGAAGAAUGCGUGAGCGGGUUUUGAUGAUCGUGCUGGCUUGACCGUCAUACGGCUGGACCACAAUUGGCUGCGUUCAAGGUAGCAAUACGACGCUUGCGCACUGGCAAUGGUCACCUAUAGCAAUGAACCAGUACAAGACCCUACAGUAUGAGAGCGCAUUCUGACUCGUCGUGGAGCUGAAUAAUACUCAUCACGGAAAGGUAGUACGUGACAAGGAAAGACGAUGACAAUCGCAGAUUUAGGCCGGCGAGCGCCUGUAAGACGCGUAGCCUGCUAAUCAUAGCAUCUUCAGCCGAAUCCAUGAAGGCCGGG